CAGAUGGCCCGAGAAGCUCGUCUCUUUAAUUAGUCCAUCCGUUCACACGUUUCUCUUGAAGAAAAGAGCCGUUGCCUUUGCCUUCUUACACGCAUAUCUGAUACAACAAUCUGUCUUUCUCUCUCUAAAAGAUGAUGUUCUGUGGAAGGGCUUCCGUUGCAGAUUGUGAUGAAGAGGUGGGGGAGAGCUACCAGUCGCUCCCCAAGAAAUCAACCAAGAGGCGCAAGAACCCCUUCUCUUCCAGAGGGCUGGACAAGUUUUCCAGCGUCUCCAAUGAGCUCCAUUCCAAGGCGCAGAAGGUCUUGUCUCAGCUGGGUGCAGCACAGACUGAUAACAUCCUCAUCAGGUUUGCUUACUCCAGUUCUAAUGGAUGGACUCCUGUUGUGGUCAGGCUCAAGAAAGCGGCACCAGAAGGUGGCAGCGCCAUGGCCAAGCCACGUGAAGAUCGACAGAAAAGGAGCCUGCGAGCUUCUGCCAUGAAACCAGCCAAGCCUGCUCAGAAGGCAGCUGGGUCUGUGCUGAAGGCCGAUACCAACAAUGGGGGAGGGAGGCAUGGGGAAGGUUCAGAGGGGAAAGAGAAGACGGGUGCGGGUCUCCGCCAGAGGUUGGCUGCUCGGUUUGGGCUCAGGCAGGUUGAUUGCUGGCCUUUGGCGCUGGUGGUGCUCUUGGUCUGCCUGCUUGUGUUUGGCAGGUUGGCUGCUGUAGUUUGCACCACCAUUUGGCUGUAUUUUUUGGCUUCCUUCUUUGCAGCCGAUUCCAAGCAACAUGCAACCAAUGGUAGGAAAAGAAACAUGGGAUGCUCAACGUGCUGAAUGGUAAUCUCUUGUUGCAGCUGCUUAAUUGCCAUAGGAGACGCUCCUUGCCUGUGUUUUCUUCCUUUCUUCCUUAAAGACCGAUGUAAUAUUCCUUCUGUUAUGUUGUGAUCUUAUGAAAGUUUCAACUUUCUGGUCUCU